AUGUUUCCACGAAAAGAUGGACCCAAAUUCAAAAAGGGAAAUUAUUCUGAAACUCAGAAAAGGCCAUCGAGUUUCCAAUCUGUCAAACCAGCAAACCGUACGUUUUCUAGCAACGAAGAAACAUACUUCAGAAGACGUAAAAAACCACAUGUGCUCGCUGGAAUGUUCGCUAAUGCAAAGAGCUCAGUUCAUGUUGCUCCAGCUAGUCAUCUACAGAUCUCACCAAGCAAACAUCCUGUUGUGUCGAAAUCAUUUUCAGAGUCACCAAAACGAGUUUCGAAGAUUUUCAAUCUUCCAAAAGCACAAUUAUCGCAGACUUGGGACUUUAGCGAUGUCACCGAAAGAAACAAUAGCAAUGUUCCAACCUCGAAGCGUUUGAACUCUGACGAAGAAUACCCAAAGAAAACUCCAACAACGUCUUCUCAUAAGAAACCAGUUAUUCCGUGGAUGAGAAUAAUUCCUUCUGACUCGGAAAGUUCGUCUUAUCUAAAACCAAAAAAAACAGGAAAUUUUGAAUAUCCUGACGGAUUCGAAACAACAAUAGCGCGAUUUUCAUCUCGUCUUGAUCAAAUCGGUGCUCUUCCAACACUACCUCUCCAAAAUCACACAGAUACUACAAUGGGAAAAGUGGAGAAAGCGCUUAUGACUGUCGCUUUGGCACAAACGAAAGAAAACGACUGCAAGAAAUCGAUUCCAGUCUUCGAUGUAAUGGUGGAACGAUCCGAUUGGUUGAUAUUCAGGGAAGAUUUCAAUGACGAGACUGAUCAUCCUCCAACAAAUCCUUUUUAUUCUCACGAUGUCAUUUCAAGGCAAUUUGUGUAUCUUCUUAUUUCAUUCAUCAAGGGUUUCAGCGAUUACGAAGAGUACGAACAACAAAAAGAAGAUUCAAAUAAACCUUUGUAUAAAAGGUUAUUGAGCACCGAGGAAAGAAAAAGUGUUGAAAAAGAAAUGAGCGAUUCACCAGAUCCACUAGAUUUUCUCAAAGAAUCGGACUCUCCAGAUCGUCAAGAAGAUUUUUUCAACCUAAACAUGACAAAAACGUCUGAAAUGAGUUAUACUCCAAACUUCAAUCAAAUCGAGGAGUUCCCAACUUUUACCCAAUUUUUUUCAACAUCAAAUCACAACCAAAGAAAAAUAAAAAUGUCAUCGGAUCAAAGCACUACACAAAUGCCGGGAACUCCAGCAAAACUCCAUCAAGAUGUGCAUCCGAGAGCUUCAGGAGGCUAUUCUCCUUUCAAUUUUGCGUUAGUGACAUCCAGAUUCUACUAA